CACCAUUUUUCAGUUUUCACCCUAAACUACAUAGUCCAACACUCACUUCUUUUACUACAAACUCCGAUUCUCUCCCCGCCGGAAUCUCAAGAAAACCACCGUGCAAUGGCGGCGCGUUUACUCCUCUCUCUAACGCUCCUCCUUCUUCUCCCGCCGCCGACUCUCUCCGCCACCAUUGCCCCCACUAAACCGCCCUCUGCGGCUCCCAAACCGCCACAAUCCUCUUCUUCUCCGGCGGCGAUUUCCUCUUCCACACUUGACCCUAAGCAGCUGAGAGCUCUGCAAUCUUUGAGUGUUCCUACCUCCAAGGAUCCCUGCUCGCCCCUCCACAACUCCACCACCGUCUGCGACGGCUCCGCGCCCUUCCGCCACCUCGUCUCCCUCAAGAUCGCUAAUUGCUCCGACGAUGUUGCAUUGUCGCUUACAGCCCUCAAAUCGUUGUCUACUUUGAAGGAUUUGGAGUUCCUGGACUGCCCCAUUUCCCCCAUCCGCUUCCCCUCCGAGCUGGCGUCGAAUCUCCGGUCAUUCACCGCCAUUAACAGCCUCAAGAAGCUCACCGGAGUCUGGCUUAGCCGCCUCCAAAACCUCACCGACUUAACGGUCUCUCACGUCUCCAUCACCGCCAGCGGCCCUUCCAUUAUCCUUAAUAGCAUCAAAAACCUGAGAACCGUCACCGUUUCUCACGCGAAUCUCACGGGGUUUCUCCCCAAACAUUGGCACCCGAAUCUCUCCUAUGUCGAUCUGUCCGGGAAUAAGCUCAAAGGGAAAAUCCCUCCCAUGCUAACCGAGCUGGAAAAUCUUGUGUUCUUGAAUCUUUCCUAUAAUUCACUCAAUGGCUCAAUCCCCACUACCUUUGGGGACUUAACCUCGCUAAAAAACGUGUCUUUAUCUUCAAAUUCUCUCUCAGGACCAAUCCCGGAUUCAUUAGCCGCCAUUCCCGACCUUGUUCAUCUUGAUCUGGGCUCUAACCAGCUCAACGGGACAAUCCCAAAAUUCAUCUCAGAUUUCAAGGCUCUCAAGUACUUGAAUCUUGAAAAGAACAACUUCAAAGGGAUUUUGCCCUUCAACGCCUCUUUCAUCAAGAAACUAGCCGUCCUCAAGAUCGGCGAAAACUCCAAUCUUUGCUACAACCACUCUACAUUGUCUUCGAAGCUCAAGCUCGGGAUUGCCCCCUGCGAUAAGCACGGGCUGCCUAUGUCGCCGCCGGCGUCUUCCGGUGCCAUUGCGAGCGACAGCAGCGACGAGGAUUACGAUGAUGAUGACGACGAUGAACCUCGGCACCAUAGCCAUGGCCCAAGUAAGGUUGUUCUUGGCAUUGCAAUUACGCUGUCGUUGAUCGUCUUCUUGAUUAUUUUCCUAGUUCUGUUGUCCAAAUGCUGUAAAUGAGGUAAAUUAAUCGCUUUUUCUUUCGUUUAGAUUAGGAAAAUUUUCUUUAUUGCCACUGAGAUUUGUUUAAUUGAUUAUUAUACAUUUAAGAAGAAGAGAGGGUACGGUACAAGGAGAUUGAUACAAAGCAGCAGUAAUUUUUCCUGAGAGAGAUUAAUUUCUGCUUGAAAUAUUGGAAAUGAUUGUUUUAUUUUACUGGAAAUAUAUUAUAUCUUUUGCUUA